AUGCGCGUUUUGCCCUGCCGGUGGUAUCUGCCAAGUGAAGUCGCACCGUAUACCUUCCGUUUUCCGGAUAACCCGGACAUUUUUUCGGAAGAAGAGGCGCGUCAAAUCGUAGCGGAAGAACUGGUGGAAAAGGUGGUUAACGGCAGGGUGAAACUGCUGUGGGAUAAAAAAGGGCGACGCAACGAAGCCCUCGACUGCCUGGUAUAUGCUUAUGCCGCCCUGCGCGUUUCGGUACAGCGGUGGCAACUGGACCUUGAAGCGCUGGCGAGGGCACGAAGAGAUGAGCAGGAUGAGGAUGAUAUGAGCAUGGAAGAGAUCGCGGCUGCACUGAGUGGAGGAUAA